AUGCAGUUGGAUGGACUUCCUGCAGAGCUGUAUAGUGCAAUCAUCAGCCACCUACCAGCAGACUCGUUCCAGCAAGAUGUCCUUGCCCUAACAAGAGCGAUACCCAGAUCGCCUGUGCCCAUCCAUCAUUUAUUCGAAUGCAUACGCAUCAAGCAUGCGCAGCAGAUCGUACAAUUGCAUAGACGCUUGCGCAAUGCCACUAACGAGAGGAACUGGGUCAAGGACUUUGGUAUCGUGACCUGGACUGUCGAUGCUGAUGCCCUGGUCAAUCUACUGGAGAUCCUGCCUCGAAUAUCUUCUCUCCUUCUCUUUGUCGGACCCAAUUUUGCUCCAGAGCAUCUUGAGGGGAUAUUUCAUGAACCAAGAGAAGACUUGCGCUUUCUCUCUUUACGUUUCCGCCCCUACGUCAAGGUAGCCACAUAUUAUCAAUUUCUCAAGGGAGCUUAUUUCGAUACUACCCUGACUGUACUUUCCCGUUGGCCUUCCUACAAGUUGCCAACUCUAUCUAUCGUCCAGGAUCCUCCCGAACCAUUGAUAUCAAAUGGGAAACAUUUUGCACAACCGCUCGUCUUCUUUCAACUCGAGCCAAUAUCUGUCCUGUUGUGCUCAGAAUAUAUCAGCUCAUUGAUGCACCUGCGUCUCCGCAUACCGUCUCGCCAAGUGUCCCGAUUCAUCAACAGCAUCCCGUCCUCCGUCCCUGCAUUACGCCUUCUUGACUUGUCCACAUGUAAUGUUCUCGCCUCGGAUAUGGAGGAGACGCUCAUUCGAUUCCAUGGUCUGCAACAUCUGAUUCUUGAUGGAUGCGGCGUUGCUCGGGACCAUUCGCAGGCGACGGAAUGGAAUAACAUCGGAAAGAUAUGUGCAACUGCAACCGUCAGGCGAGCGAAAGCACGGGAAAAAGAGUUGAAAACUUGGUUACAGCACAAUGCAGCCACUACCACUGCACCAGCAGUCAUGCCACAACCUGCAGCAAGACGCAUAAGGCCAGGCCGUCGUGGUCUUGCCACAGCUACUAUCUCGCUUAGAGAUGAACCUACUGCGUCAGAACCAGAUAUCAUUCACGUACCUGCUGGAAUAGUUAUUCCUAAAGUACGCAUCAUUCCAUCGCCACCGGCGCUGCUCUCCCUGUGCACAUCGGCAUCCUUUAUCACCGACGUUCAACAUCAGACUAUUCGCGAGGAGUUCGAGAAGGGCUGGGAUGAAGGCCUUGCGCAGCUUGCAGCCGUUAAAUCCAGGCUUUAUAGAUCCUGGAAAAAUGGCAUACAGAUGAUGCGCAUCACCGCGGAUAUCAGCGGUAGCGGAUAUGAUGGUUUGGAAGCUAUAGAGGGCGAGAGCGCAUUCUACUCCGAACAGGAUGACAACGCGAUUCUGGCCCCGCCUGUAUUGUGCCUCGCAGGUUCAGGUACUUCGGGAAAGCACGUAGAAGGUUGCGGUCAUAGUAUUGCUAGGAAUGUCUGGAAUGAUACGAUCUAG